AUGAAGCUAUCCAAUUCCCUCCUCGGCCUGACCAGCCUGGCGCUAGCCAACCUCGCCACGGCCCUCCCCAAAACCACCCCCCUACCCCGCAGCACCAGCUCCUUCUCCAGCACCUCAGGCCUCCAAUUCACCAUCGAUGGCGAAACGGGCUACUUCGCCGGAACAAACACGUACUGGAUCGGGUUCCUAACCGACGACUCAGACGUCGACCUGGUAAUGAGCGACCUCAAGUCCUCCGGCCUCAAGAUCCUCCGCGUCUGGGGCUUCAACGACGUAACCACCAAGCCCUCCGACGGAACCGUAUGGUACCAACUGCACGAGAACGGGCAAUCGACCAUCAACACGGGGGCCGACGGUCUCCAGCGUCUGGAUUACGUCGUCAGUUCCGCCGAACAACACGACAUCAAACUCAUCAUCAACUUCGUCAACUACUGGACGGAUUACGGCGGCAUGUCGGCGUAUGUGAGCGCGUAUGGCGGAUCGACUGAAACAGACUUUUACACAAGCACCGAGAUGCAGGCCGCGUACCAGACGUAUAUCAAGACCGUCGUGUCGAGGUAUAGUAACUCGUCGGCGGUGUUUGCGUGGGAGUUGGCCAAUGAGCCCCGUUGUCAGGGGUGCGAUACCUCGGUCCUGUAUGAUUGGAUUGAGAGUACAAGCAAGUAUAUCAAGUCGGUGGAUUCGGAGCAUUUGGUUUGUAUUGGUGAUGAGGGAUUCGGUCUCGAUACUGGCUCCGAUGGAAGUUAUCCUUAUACCUAUGGUGAGGGAUUGAACUUUACCAAGAACUUGGGGAUUGAGACGAUUGAUUUCGCGACACUUCAUUUGUACCCGGAUAGCUGGGGUACUUCGGAUGACUGGGGCAACGGAUGGAUCAGUGCGCACGGGGCGGCCUGCGAAGCUGUGGGCAAGCCGUGCCUGCUGGAGGAAUACGGGGUCACGUCGAACCACUGCAGCGUGGAGAAGCCGUGGCAGGAAACGGCCCUCAACACGACGGGAGUCAGUGCAGAUCUGUUCUGGCAGUAUGGGGAUGAGUUGAGCACGGGCGAGUCGCCGGAUGAUGGCAACACGAUCUACUAUGGCACGAGCGAUUAUACGUGUUUGGUGACGGAUCAUGUGGCGGCUAUUAAUAGUGCUUGAGAUAGCUAUUGGUAGUAUUUCGUAGUGAAUGAGAAGUGUGUUGCCU